AUGUCUCUCCCUCGCGACACAGAAACUGCGCAUGAGAAAUCUGCGACAGUGAGCUCAUCUCCAACACCCCAUGACGAUGCCUCCUCCAAUGCAUCCAGCCCUUCCUCUCCUCCCCUCUCAACAUUUGGAAAGAUCAACGAUCGCAUAGAAAACCUCGCCGGUCUAGAAGCACGCGGUAUCCAACGCGUCCUCCCUGAAGAACGCCAACCUGCUUCGAGCGCAGCAGACCUUCAAGUCGCACUGCUAUGGUUCAGCGCAAACCUGUCCCUGAACAACCUGGCCACGGGCCUUUUUGGCCCGAUGGUGUUUGGUUUGGGGUUUUUGGAUAGUGCUCUCCUUGCUGUGUUUGGAACCAUCUUGGGGGCUUGUUCGACGGGGUAUAUGGCGAUUUGGGGACCGCAGAGCGGGAAUCGCACGAUGGUUGUGUUGAGAUACUUCUUUGGGUACUGGCCUUCGAAGAUUCCGACGUUUUUGAACAUUGUUCUCAUGGUUGGCUAUGCUACCAUUGACUGCAUCAUCGGUGGACAGGUCCUGUCAGCUGUCAGUGGUGGUACAAUGACUAUCCUAGUAGGCGUAAUCGUCGUCGCUGUAGUAUCAUGGAUCGUUGCUGUUUUCGGCAUGAAGAUCUUCCAUACCUAUGAACGGUAUGCUUGGAUCGCGCAGGUCGUUGUCCUCGCAGUCCUUAUCGGUGUCGCAGGGCCUUCCUUCAACGCCUCAGCCCAGCCCACAGUCUCUGGCCCAGUGCUCGCUGCCAAUCGUCUUUCUUUCUUCACUCUCUGCUUCUACGUCCCCAACUCAUGGGCUGCUGCGGCCUCUGACUUCUACGUGUACUACCCCGAGCGCACAUCCCGUCUUAAGGUCUUUCUUCUGACUGUCGUUGGUCUUACCAUGUCUUUCACUCUUGUCUACCUCAUCGCUAUCGGUCUGGCUACCGGUCUGGUCGACAACAAAGACUGGGCCGACGCCAACGCCAUUAGUACCGGUGCUCUUAUCGUCAAGGCUUAUGAUCCUCUCCACGGCUUCGGACGGUUCUGUUCUGUCAUUAUCGCCCUCGGUGUCAUCGCCAACAGCACACCGUCCCUCUACUCCGCGUCCCUCGGUUGCCAAGUCCUUGGUCGCUACACCAAGGCUGUGCCACGUUGGGUCUGGUCCACCGUCCUCUCCCUGAUCACUCUCGUCCUCGCCAUGGCCGGUCGCGAAAGCCUAUUAGUCAUCUUUCAAAACUUUGUCGCUCUGAUGGGAUACUGGGUCAUGUUGUUCAUCUGCAUUGUGAUUCAAGAACAUCUGAUCUUCCGCGGGGAGAAAGGCUUCGAUUGGACGGCGUGGGAGGACAAGAACUACCUUCCUGUCGGUUUAGCUGCUUUUGCAAGUUUUGUGCUGGGUUGGGUCGGUGCUAUCCUGGGUAUGUCACAGGUUUGGUACGUUGGUCCUGUGUCGAAGGCUGCUCAUAAUGCGGACUUGGGGAUGUGGUUGGGCUGUGGGUUUGCUAUUGUUACAUUUCCGGUGUUUCGAUACUUUGAACUCAAGGUGUAUGGGCGAUAG